UCGAAACCCCUGCAAAACCGAAAACCCUGCAAAACCGCAAAACCGUAAACCCUGCAAAACCGUAAACCCCAGCUACGGUUUCAAGCUACAAGAAAAGCUUUGCUCUAAUUCCUCUUCAAUGGCGACGCUCACAAGCCGUCUCCGCCGCGCUCUUUCUCUCUCCUCCUUUUUACUGACCUCACACUCCUACACACUCCUCCCUUCCACCGCCGCUACUACGAAUUCUCUCUCAUCACUCCACACAAAACUUGUUUCUCCCCCUUCUCUUCAACUCCCUUUCUCCUAUCGUUUCUUCCACUCCACCCGUCUCUCUCUUUCCGCUUCGAGGUCGUUCAACGAUGUGGAUAAGAUUGACCCCGAUACUAUUCUCUUCGAGGGUUGUGAUUACAAACACUGGCUUAUUGUCAUGGACUUUGGUAAGGAUCCUCAACAACGCCCCCCUCCUGAGCAGAUGGUUGAUACUUAUGUUAAUACUUUAGCCAAAGUCGUUGGAAGUGUUGAAGAGGCAAAGAAGAAAAUGUAUGCAUGUAGCACCACCACUUACACUGGUUUUCAAGCUGAGGUUGACGAAGACACAGCACAAAAGUUUGAGGGCAUGCCUGGAGUUAUAUUUGUAUUGCCAGAUUCGUACAUAGACCCAGUGAAUAAGGAAUAUGGAGGAGAUAAGUAUAUCAAUGGAACUAUCAUACCAAGACCGCCUCCAGUUCAGUAUGGCAGAGUAAAGAGAGGUAGACAGAAUGAUCAAAGGCCAAUGCCUAAUCAACAAGGAAAUCGUCCCUAUAAUCAGCAUGGAUCAAUAUCAGGAGAAGGAAGAAGCCAUAUGCCACAGAGUGGUUUUCCAGAGUCUAAUAAUUUUGCACCUAAUAGUAAUUAUGGUCCACCUGGUAUGCCUAAUAGGACAAAUUAUUCUGGGGAAGUAAGGCAAGGUUAUCAGGGUGGUAAUUCUGUGCCUUCUCAUCAGGGGAACUACAACCAUGGCUAUACCCAUCAACACCAGAUGCAAAAUCUCCCUGGUGACCGUGGUAGUUAUGCCCCCCAGGGACAGAUCAAUAAUGGGCCUGGAGAACAUGGCUAUAAUCAUCCCCAAGAACAAAUGAGGAAUUUCCCUGGAAACCAUGGUGGGUACACACCCCAAGGACAGAUGCAAUAUCCUAAUAAUAGUAGGAACUAUGGUCCUCCACCUCCAGCAAGAGGAUCUGAUGGGCAAACUCGGGUUGGAUCUUUUGAACAAAGUCCUGGACAAUAUGGUCAGGGACCCAGUGAGUCUUAUGGCCAUGGAGCAAAUACAGGCUAUGGUUCUGGACAAUAUGGCCAGGGACCCAACAAGCCUUAUGGCCAUGGAGCAAAUACAGGCUAUGGUCCUGGACAAUAUGGUCAGGGACCCAGCGAGCCUUAUGGCCAUGGAGCAAGUGCAUCUCAAAUGGAUAAAAGGUUUUCACAGGUGCCAGAUGAACAGAACUCUAUGUCAACAGAACAUAGCAGCUAUUCACCUGCAGCACAAACUGCAAUGAAUCAAAGAAGAUAUUGACUGGAUAUUCCGCAGUUUAAGAAGGGAUGAGGCAGUAGGUAAUGUGUGGAUUGUGAUAUGGUGAAUAGGUUUUUAAUUAGUUGAAUAUAAUGAGUAAACAUCAAACUGAGUUUUUGGAGUAUUUCAUAGGAGUACAAUCGAAGGUAGUGCGACUUGUAACUAUGAUAAUCUUGUGCGUCAAGUACAUUGCCAACAGAUAUUGUUUUCGUUUCUCGCAUCUCUAUCCAGAGGCUAUAAUAACUUCCAUGUGGAGAUGACUUCUUGAUGCA